UGAAAAUAUUAAUUACUUUUAUCUAGUAUGAAAAAAUCACUUUUUCAUUUAUUUGGACAAAUAUUUUGCUUGUAUGAGAUGGAAACUGCAAAGGUUGUGAAGUGGAGUGAUAAAUAAUAAUCGGUUAAACGGAUAUUGGAACCGCUUUGUUUGUAAACAUUAGGGGCCAAAACAAGAUAUUUUCGUGCGAUUCUACAUUCGUAUUUAUAGAUUUCUAUUCUGAGAUUUUAUUGUUUGUGACUGGUACCGUUCCUCUACUUAUGUAUUUAUUCAAGUGCAUCAGCAGGUACUUAAAAGUUUAAAGCAUCCUUACAAAAAUACUAACCUCAAUAUACGCAGAUACGUAAUAUACAUAUUUGCAUAAUAAGAAAAAAUAAAGGUUUUGAUGCGCUAAUAUCAAUCAUGGAUCAGUGGCGGCUCAUGAUGAAAUGAAGGGGUGUUUUGUGCACUAAUUAGCUGCGUUAAAUGCAGCUCACUAACUGGUCUAUAUUUGGUGCUUUAUGCUAAUAAAUGGGCUGUAGCGGGGACUUUACAGCAGAGCCGGCCGAACUUAAACUUCGUAGGACCCGCUACCUGAGAUAGGCUUAAAAAGUCUUGUGUAUAUGCCCAGGGGCAAAAUCUACAUCCAAAGAUGUCCAAAGCUUUGCCACAUUGAUACUGUAGAUUGGACAGCUAUCGGAACUGAGCACCCAACUGUAAUGAUAACUGCCGAUGAAGCUGAUGUUAUGAGGAACCGCAAGCCUUGUUCGACGACUUGUCCGUCAAACUGUAAAACCGGACACUGCUGGAACGAGAACGUUUGUCAAAUAACCAGGAGCAAAUCGUGCCCUAACGACUGCUCUAUUUGUACAGAGGAAUCGAAAUCGAUAGCAACUAACUCCUGCAUGUCGUGUAAUUAUUUGACCGAUAACGGUUUGUGCGUCAGGAGUUGUCCCCGAAAUAAGUUCCUUCAUACCCUGCUGUACACGUGUGUCACCGAGAAAGAGUGUACAUCGAUUCUGGACAAUACAUGGUGGACUUUUCAGCAGAAAUGCAUCAAUUCGUGCCCUCAGGGGUUCAAGUCUAUUCCUAUAGAACAAGGUGGUUGUGAGUCUUGCCACGGCCGUUGCGAAAAAUGGUGCCAUGCCGAUCCCGAAAAUGAUUUUGUCAUAUUGGUUGACACAACGUCAGAAGCUCAAAAGCUUGGAGGCUGUACACACAUAAACGGCUCUCUAUCUAUUCGAAUUGAUACGAAAAGUCUGGCCGAAGAAUUAGUUAAUCAUUUGGGUAAAGUGGAAGAAAUUACAGGGUUCUUAAAGGUUUCUCGUUCGUACCAUAUUACCUCACUGAUGUUCCUGAAAAGUUUAAAGGUCAUUCACGGAAGAGUAGUUGACAAUAGACGCCAUUCGUUGGUAAUAUACGAAAAUCAAAAUUUGCGCGAGCUAUGGAAUUGGAACAAGUUCUCUUUGGCGAUUAAAAACGGGACCAUCUCAUUUCAUUACAAUCCUCAGCUUUGCCUUAAGGAGAUUGAAAAACUUGCUGAAAUGACAAAUUUAACUGGCACUUACACGGACAUUGACGUGACACCGGAUUCGAAUGGAGACAAAACAGCAUGUAAUUACGUGGACUUACAUGCUAAAUAUACUGAUCUUAAUCCGACAAACGUGACUUUAAAGUGGGAUCAUUUCAGACUGCACGAAAACGAUUCUCUUAUCAAUUACGCCGUAUACUAUAUGGAAAGAGACGCUACAGUCAUGACGACCUCCGAUGCCCAAGACGAGUGUAGCGGUGAAGGUUGGAAUAGUGUCUUCGUUUCAAGUAAUACGGCUGUAAUUUCCAAUCUAGAGCCUUUUACUGAGUAUGCAUUUUACAUUAAAAUGUAUGUUUCAAUUCCCUCGCAUGGCGGACAAACUAAUGUCACGUACUUCCGCACGGCUCCAGACGAUCCAUCUCAGCCACGCGAGAUCGUUACUGAAGCAAUAAAUAGUAGCACGAUUAGGAUUAAAUGGCUACCGCCCUUGUACCCGAACGGUAAUCUUUCACACUACCACGUGCUGGGUUUUCUGGAACCUGACGAUCCUAAAUUUAUUGCCCAAAGAGACUAUUGUUUGUAUCCUCCCGAAGACACUGGGAAACAACCUGUUUUGGUACAAAACUCUUCAUUAAUUAAUUCAACGAAGAAUGUAGGUGAUUGUAAUUGUUCUAUAGAAACUGCGAAAAUAACGAAGGAAGAAUUUGAUGUUUUGUGUGAUAGCAUAGUGUCAGUGUACAGCGGUAACGAAUCUUUGAUAAACAGUGGUUCUUGUAAGAGAUUCAUGUACAUUCAGGAAAAUCGCGAUUUGUAUAGAAAUUAUCAAUCCGGACCAGUAAAAGCGGAAGAUUAUCGAAAAGAGGACCAUUACAUAGACAGAAUUGUCCCAGCGAACGAAACCAAUUUGGACAUCAGUGGUUUACGUCGGUUUAGCAUGUAUGUUUUUUUAAUUUCUGCGUGCAAUCCAGAUUAUAAAGGUAAACCGCAGUGUAGUUCUCCCAUUCUUGUAUUUAAAAGGACUUCGAAAGACGAAAAGUCAGACGAUAUACGACCUGAUCCAGUGGUUACCGUCGAGGGCAGCAAUGUAGUGUUAAAAUGGCAACAACCAAGGAGUCCCAAUUCCAUUAUAGUGGCUUAUCGAAUAGAACACAAGAAAACUGACAUUGAAAACACGAAACCAGCUUACAAGUGCGUUACAGCGGACAACCAUAUUAGGAACGGAAACACCUACACGAUUAAGAAUUUGUUACCCGGAGAAUACACUGUUCGAGUUAAAGCCAUUUCCUUGGCGGGCGCCGGGAAUUUCGGAAACUUGUACAAAUUUGAAAUAGACGACGACUCAAAACCGCGUUUGUGGAUUAUACCAUUCAUGCUUAUCAUACUCACCGUGUUGAUUCUGUUGCUCCUUUUGUACGCUUGGUAUAAGAGGAAGCACAAGAUGGACAUGUUGCAUUUAAUAGCUAGCAUCAAUCCGGACUACGCCGGUCCCGUGUACGUGGAAGACGAAUGGGAAAUAGAUAGAGAAGAUGUCGAAAUUUUAAACCCAUUGGGCAAAGGUACUUUUGGCAUGGUAUACAACGGACGUAUCAAGUCAAAGAAUUUAGAUUGUGCGAUUAAGACUGUCAACGAAAGUGCUAAAAUGCACGAUCGUAUGGAGUUCCUGAACGAAGCAGCUGUCAUGAAGGCAUUCAGUGACGCACAUCAUGUGGUUAAACUGUACGGGGUGGUUUCCAGAGGCAAUAUUCCCUUAGUUAUAAUGGAGCUGAUGCAGAGAGGCGAUCUUAAAUCAUACUUGCGUAGGUCAAGAGAUUCCUCCAACUCCAUUAACUGCGCGGAAAUGUACAGAAUGGCAACAGAAAUAGCCGACGGUAUGGCCUAUUUGGCUGCGAAAAAGUUCGUCCAUCGCGAUCUGGCCGCUCGUAAUUGUAUGGUAUCCGCGGAUCGUACGGUUAAAAUUGGCGAUUUCGGAAUGACCAGAGACAUUUACGAAACGGAUUAUUACAGAAAAGAAAGUCGCGGAUUACUUCCGGUUCGUUGGAUGGCUCCUGAAAGUUUAGCGGACGGGAUAUUCACGUCCGACUCCGACGUGUGGAGUUACGGGGUGGUUUUAUGGGAAAUGGCAACGCUUGCCGAGCAGCCGUACCAAGGACUAGCGAACGAACAAGUGCUGCAGUUCGUCAUUGCGAAAGGAACGUUAGAUCGUCCGCCCGAUUGUCCCGACCUGCUCUACGAAAUAAUGGUGGCAUGUUGGAAGUGGCGCCCUUACAAUAGACCGCAGUUUAUCGACAUCGUACAAAAACUGGAAAGCCACGUUGGACAAAACUUCCGACUCGUUUCGUUUUACCACAGUAGGGAAGGUGAAGAGUUUAGACUGAACAGUAAGGAGAGGGUGCAAAACAUGCCCGCGUUAGGUGUACGGAUUGAUCAGAACAGUGGCGUGCAUUGGACGUCGACCUCCGACGACGAAGUUAGCAUAUCUUCCGACCAGCCGAGCGAAUUAUUAUCCUAUUCACACCAAAGACAAACACAAUCUCCGAGCGGUAGUAGUAAUUUACAAUAGCGUGUAACUAAUAGUAAUUAUAAGUAGACGCGAUUUUUUAUCGAAUCAUUGUGAUAUGUUUAUAGUCAUUAGGUUUACAUGAUAUAAAAUUGUUAAAGCUGCCUUAAAAUGUCUAUAUAUAUAAUAUAGUAAUUAUAUUAUACACACACACACAUACA